CUCAUAGUGUGCUAGAUUUUAAAAUUGUACUAAAUUUGACAACCUUUUGCUUCACUUGUAAUUUAAGCAGACCGUCAUUAAUCAAGCACUGUUUCACUUACAAUUGAAAUGGCCUACAAAGCCGAAAGCAUUGCAAUACCUUAAUCAAAUUCUUCCCUGAGGUUAUGAGGGACUAUAGUUCGUUUGUUUAGUGUGUAUUAUGUAGUGUAUAGUAACUAUCAUUAGUGGAGGUGGUAGUAGUGGUUUUAGUAGGUGGUAUAUCCGUGUUAGUAGCUUAAUAGUAGUAGUAGUAGUAGUAGUAGUAGUAGUAGUAGUAGUGUUAUUGUUAUUGUUAUUAUUAUAAGGCUAUUAUGUUUACUGAUUAAACUUAUUUUCAAAAAUAAAGCUAACUACACAUUAUUUUCUAAAUCUUUCUUUCUUUCAUUUAUUUAUUGGAAAGAGUGGAAUACUGGUCUAAUAUGUAAUCUAACAUGGGCUUACCAUAGAGACAAAUACCUGUACAAAUUAAAUAGCUCGCUGCUGAAUUUUAUCUUAAAUAUGAUGUAGUGUGUUCAUAGGAUUUCGAGAUUUGGCCCUCGAGAGUGAAUAUUUUUUGUUUAUUAUUAUUAUUAUUAUUAGUAGUAGUAGUAGUAGUAGUAGUAGUAGUAGUAUCACUGUGAAUUUAUAAGACCACUUGGUUAACUUGUAUAGUUUUUUUAAUAUACCUUUGUUUGUAUACUGUACUUUGUUUUUGUCACAACGCUUUUUUUUUUAGUUUCGAGAGUUUUCUGUAUGCGUUGUACUGUAUAUUAAAAUCCAAAAACGUUGAUGUCACUAAAAGUUGUAUCCGAAAUUUUAUUUAUUUUAUUUUUUUUAUGUCGUCUAGGCUUUAGGGUAGAAAGCAGUAGGGAAAUAGGCCUUCUGACAUGGCUGACAACGAAGAAGGUUCUGGGCUCCAGAAAUCUCCAAAUGAUCCCGAUUCAAAGGAUAUAAACGAGAGUAAAGCGGAGAAACAAAAUGGAAGCUCCAGCAAAUCUCCAUCAUCCCAGACAACUUAUAUUCAACAGGGAAUGGAGGGAAUAAAAGUUUACUUACACGAACGUGAAUUGUGGAUGAAAUUCCACGAAGUAGGAACGGAAAUGAUCAUCACCAAAGCAGGGAGGCGAAUGUUCCCGAGCUUCAAAGUGAAGGUCACUGGACUGAACCCCAAAACGAAAUAUAUUCUUCUGAUGGAUGUCGUGCCAGCGGACGACCACCGCUAUAAAUUCGCCGAUAAUAAAUGGUCAGUGACAGGAAAGGCAGAACCCGCAAUGCCCGGCAGGCUCUAUGUGCAUCCUGACUCUCCAGCCACAGGCGCGCACUGGAUGCGACAGCUCGUCUCCUUCCAGAAACUCAAACUCACCAACAACCACCUCGAUCCUUUUGGACAUAUCAUUUUGAACUCUAUGCAUAAAUACCAACCGAGGAUCCACAUUGUAAAGGCGGAUGAAAAUAACGGGUUCGGCUCCAAAAACACCGCUUUCUGCACUCAUGUGUUCCCCGAAACAUCGUUCAUUGCGGUCACGUCUUACCAGAACCACAAGAUUACUCAGCUAAAGAUUGAGAACAAUCCUUUUGCAAAGGGCUUUCGUGGCAGUGAUGAUAUGGAACUGCACCGCAUGUCGAGAAUGCAGAGCACUAAGGAGUAUCCAGUGGUUCCCCGAAGCACAGUACGACAAAGAGUGGGCUCCAGUCACAGUCCCUUUAGUGGUGACAUUCAGGGGAUGCCUACACCCAGCAGCAUGAGCUCUCAGUACUCGUGUGAGAAUGGAGUGACCAGCACCUCCCAGGAUCUCCUGCCUCAGUCCAGCUCCUACCCAUUACCCCAUGAACACAGCCAAGACUAUCACUGCAUCAAGAGAAAAGUUGAGGAUGACUGUCACACAGAUCACUCCUACAAGAAGGCCUACAUGGAGAGCUCGUCUAGCGAAGAUGACCAUUACUACCACCCAGUCAGCUACUCUCAAACGCUGGGCCUUUCCACUGCCCCUUAUCGGACUGAGUCUGGACAACGGCAGGCGUGCAUGUACGCCAGUGCUUCACAAGCCAGUGAGGCUGUUCCGAGCCUGGAAGACAUCAGCUGCAACACCUGGGCCAGCGUCUCCCCUUAUAGCAGUUGUUCCAUGCAACCUAUGGAACGGUUGCCCUACCAGCACUUCUCUGCCCACUUCACCUCCAGCCCUCUAGUGUCCAGGUUGAGUGGAGUGGCCGGCCACGCCUCACCACAACUGGGUGAUGCCCACUCUAUGUAUCAGGGCUCGAUUCCCCACCAGACUCUCGGCCGUCAGUGUAGCCCUGGAGCAGGAAUCCAGUCACCCAGCGCUAGCCUGCAGGGGAAUGAGUACUUGUACACUCACGGUAUUCCUCGCACCCUAUCGCCCCACCAGUAUCACGCUGUCCACAGUGUAAGCAUCAUGCCUGAAUGGAAUGAGGGCAGCUAACUGGAUUCUCAUACACUACAUACAAUGUUAGAGUUGCACACACAAAGGCAUAAGUGUAUAUUUAUAUUUCGAAGCUCUUCACCACACCAGCAGUCAUGUGAUUUCAUCAUCGAUUUUGGACACAGAUGCUAUAACUGACUGCUUGGAUAGAUGAUAAGUUGGUUUAAAUAGCAAUGCGUGAGCAGUCCAGUGUGAAUGUUGUAGUACAAGGCAGGAAAACAGAUUUAUUCAUACUAUGGGAAGUUUUUUUUUUACCAUGUUCUGUAAAUUGUAUAUUGUAUUCUGUAAAUCAGAGCUGAAGUUAUACCACGUCAUUACGGUUCAUUUUUAAUAAGAGGAUGUACUUGGGACUGCCCCGAUUUUAUAUACUUUUUAAUAACAAAACAGAAAUAGAAAAGUCCAUUUUUAUAGUAUUUUUCCUCUUGAUGUUUGUGUUAUGUUUUGCUUUUGUACUCUGAAAUCCAAGAGAAGUCCUUGAUGUAGUGUUUAGUCCACAUUCCACCAGUUCCACCAUUUUUACAAGUCUCAAAAGCUUUUAUCAGUGCACACAUUCAUACCAAAUUCACAAAUUCUGUUUGGAGUACUGAUAUUUAGUGGGUGCAGUUAAAUGCACUAAGUACUUUUACAAAUUCAAAGUUAUGGUACACAUUUGUGUGAGGUAUAAAUUGAGUACUAUG